AUGCGUGCUCAAUCACUCGGUCUUGCUACUGUGCUGCUCGCCUUGAGCGGGCUUGCCAGUGCCCAUGGGUCCCAUUCGAACGAGAGCCCGUCUUCAGACUGGGCGACUCGUCACAUGCAGGAGGAACACCACAUUGACUCGUUCGACGCCGGUUCCUUCUUCACCCUUCAUGAUUACGACUCCUCCGGCAUGUGGACAGCCGACGAAGUGCGCAAAACAUACGGUCUCGACGAUCAAUCGAAUGCUGGCGUGACCGAGGAACAAAAGCAACAAGCCGUCCGGGAGGUGUUCUCUCUCUUCGACCCUGGGAGGACAGGCAUAAUUACUCGUGAUGACUGGAUGCGUCUGAUCUCGUCGGGGGUGCGGUUACCGGAUCUUGGAUAUGGGCCUGGUCACCACGGAGACAUUGAAUACGAAUAUGAAAUCCAUCACUUCGAGCAGUUCCACGGAGACGACGCGACGGAGGAAGAACUCACGCACCCGGAGGAUAUCGAGCACUUCCGGCAGCAUGAUCAGCUCGAAGAUGCUGCGGACCGGUUGGAGCAGCUUGAGAGGAUGCCAAUUGUACAGGCGAACAUACCGCAGAAGUUCCUUAGACAGUAG